AAUUGGCCUCUAUAAAAUGAGCCUGUCCUGUGGGAUUUGGCAACAGUAUCAUUUCGAGUUUGAACGUAGUAAGUUGACUGGAGAAUCUCCUGUUUGGAUUAUUUUGAAACAGAAGUUGACCGUGGGCUGUGAGAAAAUACUGAAAGAAAAUGAUUAAGGAAAUCGUCCUUCUCGGCUGUUUGGUGGCCGUGGGUAUGGCCCUGCCUGCCGUUGAUUAUGCCGCCGUUGCCGAACAGCUCCAACCGGAAAGUCCGGCCGUCGUGCUGGUCCAGCAGGAAAGCGAAGACAUGGAAGGCGCUGAGACCGCUCACCACGGACACCGCGGGGGCUAUGGCGGCGGAUACGGUGGCUACGGAGGUUAUGGCGGAUUCCGCGGUGGCUACGGAGGAUACGGUGGAUACGGAGGCGGUUUCGGAGGCGGAUAUGGCGGUUAUGGUGGAUAUGGUGGUGGCUUUGGAGGAUACGGCCACCAUGGACACCAUCAUGGUUAAACGAAUGUGAUAGACUUAUGGCAAUGACCGUGGAUUACGGACAGACUGAUGAUUGGAAACUGUACAGGAAACUAUGCGAGCUUGAAGCUUGGAACAAACGUGCUUUUUGAUAGUGCUUUUAUGAAAAGUGAAUAAAAGGAUAUAAAUUUGAAAA